AUGUCCACUCCAGGAGCAUCAACACCAUCGUCAAAGAGACCAUCGCCACCAAGUGGAUAUGCGAUUUCUGCAUCCAAGAGACUCAAAGGUGAUGAGGAUGUAGUAAGAACCGCUGGUGAUAGAACUACCAGUGGAUCUGCCACCCCUCAUGGUGGUACACACGGGGGGUCUGCAGUUGACCCUGAUAAACUAUCAGAUGCUCUAUUAUCAGCUGGUGUGGAUUUGAAAGAAGAAGAAAACCUUUUAUCGUCAACUCUGCAACGAAACGAUUAUCCAGCAGGAGUUCCUAUGCCUGGUAAUCAGGCAAAUGCAUAUAUUCAGACCCCACCACCCCCUCCACCUCUUGUUCAAACCCCCUUUUUAGACCCUAGGAAUGUUCAAAGAUCUAUUUUCAAGUCAUCCAACGAACAAGGAGUGCGAUAUGUCAUUGAUAAGGAGAAUGAGAUUGCGUCUGUGAUUUCUGCUUCGUGUGAAGAAUGGCUUAAUAACAUUAUUACUAGUGCGGUAUCUUUAUCACGACACCGUCGUCGGUCUCGAAACGAUGUUCACUCGAAUAUUGCCAAAGCAUUAAGAAACAUUGCCAUAAAAGAUAAGGAACAAGAAGAAAAAUAUGCUGCUAGAAGACUGGCCAUGGAUCUGGCAUCUGGCGACCCAUCUGCUGCCGACGAAAAGAGACAGCAAGAGAAUGAGGAAACCCAACACCGAGCCACUAAUGCUACUGCUUUAAUGAUGACUCAAGGAAGAAAAAAGUACAGCUGGAUGACCGGAGGCUCGUCACCUGCUGCCACUGCUAGAACUCCAGCUGGCACGAGGUCGCGAAACGAAACAACCAUUCGAUACCGUGAGGCCCGUGAAGAGCCUGGUGUUGUGCUGCGAGACCUCCUUGCUGCUCUCGAAGACAGGCGGGCCGGUGUCGAAAAUGCUAUUGUAAAAGGUUAUGCUAAAAUGCGAAACUAA